AUGCGUGGUUACCUGCUCCUUGAAGAAGCCUGUCUCAUCCUGCCUCCCCUGCCAGGCACAUAUGAAGGGAGGGAGCAGCUCUGCCCACAGCCCAGCGGACAGGAAGCAGUGACAGAGGGGAUGCCGCGACCGAGGUGCCUGUGCUCAGUCCCACCUGUGCCCGAGUGUCUGACAUCUGGGACCAGCGAUCCUCAAGCUCAGGGCUGGACUGGUCCUGGCUUGUACCCGUGUAGGAAAGCUGGUCACGAACACACCAGCCCUGUGUUUAGUGGCACCACGUUGUUCACGCCUGCAACCUUCACUCCUGUGGGCAUCCCUGGGCUGGAAGCCGAGCAGAUCUGGAUAUCAACCCCCUUCUGUGUGAUACACGUCAUUAUCUUCCUAGGAAACGGCAUCCUUCUUCAUCUCAUCCGGUCUGACCCUGCUUUGCACCAGCCCGUGUACUUCUUUCUGGCCAUGUUGGCCUUUGUGGAACUCGGUGUCUCUGCUUCCACCUCGCCCACCGGGGUAGGCAUCUUCCUCCUUGGCAUCAGUGACAUCAGUUUGGGAGGCUGUCUGCUCCAGAUCUUUUCCAUGCAUUCUUUCACCCUCAUGGAGGCAGGUGUGCUUCUGGCCAUGUCGGUAGACCGCUUUGUGGCCAUACGCCGCCCACUGCGAUGCACCACCAUUCUGACAAUUUCUUGCAUCAGCGGGAUGGGUGUCACCAUUGCCUUACGGCGCGUGACGCUCAUGGUCCCACUGCUUCUUCUCCUGAAGCGUCUGCCCUUCUGUGGUCACAAUGUCCCCACACACUCGUACUGCCUCCACUCAGAUCUGAUCAAAUUGCCCGAGUUCUGA